AUGUGUAGUCUUUUAAGUAAAAUAACUAGACAUCAUCACCGUUCAGGCGUUCGGUUUAGUUUGACAAGCUUCAAGAAGAGACUAAUGCCGGGAUCAACUUUACAGCAAGACUCAGAUCCUCGAAGCUCAGAAUCUCACGCUCAAUCGAAGGCCGAAGCGCUACCAAAGCAGUUAUUGAGCGAGCUCUUGAGUCUCCAGGAUGAGAUUAUAAGCCUUCACACACAGUUGAAGACCGAUAACGCACAGAUUAGAAAAGAUGUAUCAGAAUUCUGCUCAAUUGGUAAUGAUGAUGUCCAUGCAGCAACAGAACCUAGUGUUGAGGGCCCGUAA